UCACCGUGGCACGUUGAAAUCAUGUCUACACCCGGUCUAACAGCACUGGGCGAAUCGACACGCCUUGUACCCGCCAAUACGCCGGCGGUUUUUGAGAUACUGCCGCCUCCUGGACAAAGCCUAAGCAAGGGCGAGUGCGUGGCUACAGUUUUGACGCCAACUAAGUCCAAACUGAAUGCCAGAGUCACCCACGAGGCGGCAAAUGGUGCUGCUCGCAUCGAAUUCGUGCCCACCGAAGUGGGUACACACAUCAUUGAGGCAUCGAUUAAUGGCACAAAAAUUGCCGGUGGUCCACUAAUAGCCAAGGUCUACGAUGCCAGUUUAAUACAAGUGACCGAUGUGAAUGGCGGUGUUGUCGGGCAACCGUGUCAAUUCCGUGUCGAUGCAAGCGCUGCUGGCGAAGGUCAGCUAGAGAUAUCGAUUAAUGAAGGCGAAGUACCAAAUCACGUCCAGGUAGUAGGCGGUGGACGUUGUUUGGUCUCCUUCACACCCGAACAGGCCAAGUCACAUUUGAUCGAUAUAAAAUUUAAUGGUGAAACUGUACGCGGCUGUCCAUUCGUAUGCGCAGUCGCAGAUACUUCGCGCGUCAUGUUGAAUCUUUCAAAUCUUGAAUUGAUAACCGUAAAUCGGCCGGCGUCGUUUCAUAUCACCGUAAGUGGUGGUGGUGCUGCUGAGCUGGCCGUUAGCGUACGCGGUCCGCAAGGCGAGCUGCCCGUACGCGUCACUGGCGAUAUACAUGCCGGCUUCACAGCCGAAUUCACGCCCACUACAGUUGGUGGUCAUUCGAUAAAUGUUGAGUAUAAUGGCUUCCCUGUACAAGGUACGCCUUUCUUGGCGAAAUCCUAC